AUGGCGAAGCAUCAUCCUGAUCUCAUCAUGUGCCGGAAGCAGCCCGGCAUCGCGAUUGGUCGCUUGUGUGAGAAAUGUGAUGGCAAGUGUGUCAUCUGCGACUCAUACGUGCGCCCAUGUACGCUUGUCCGGGUCUGCGAUGAGUGCAACUAUGGUUCAUUCCAGGGAAGGUGUGUGAUCUGCGGAGGAGUCGGCAUCUCAGACGCCUACUACUGCAAGGAGUGUACCCAGCAGGAGAAGGACCGGGAUGGUUGUCCCAAGAUCGUCAAUCUUGGAAGUGCCAAGACAGAUCUCUUCUAUGAGCGCAAGAAGUAUGGUUUCAAGAAGAGAUGA